UUUCUGUUCAAUUUUAUGUGGGUAUUUAAUUUUGUUAGAUGGGUUUAUGAUUUCUUCAAUUUUGCUGUUAAUCAGAUGUGAAAUUUAUUGAGGUUUUUCCGAAAAAUCAUUUUGCAUUGUACAUCUGUUCAUUUUUGGCAAAAUUAAAAUUUUGCAUCUAUGAUUUUCAAUAAUACGGUGGAUGUAGAUCUCUAGAAGAUCUGGAAUGAUAUUAAUUUUAUGGGUUUGUUCUGUUAAUUGGUAAUUGGUAUUCACAUCUGUGAAAGACAAUUUUGGGUCUUUUUGCUGAUUUUGUCAACACUGAACUAGCUGGAGGAGAGAAGGAAGGUGUCAACUUGUAAGUUAGGGAUUGAAAAACAUAACAAAUUCAAAUUCACUGCUGAUUGGGCGAAUCAUGUCUGAACAACAAGUUGACGAAUUCGAUUACAUGGCCGAUGAACAUGAUGUGGCUGAUUUCAUUGAUGAAGUGGACGGGGAGUUUUAUGCCAGAGACGAUGGCAAUAUAGGAAUGGAAGAGUAUGAUUUGCUUUCUAAGGUGACUGAUACCUCAGCUGCCAGCGCCAGGAGAGGCAAAGACAUUCAGGGUAUUCCAUGGGAUAGAUUGAAUAUAACAAGAGAGAAAUACAGAUUAACUAGGCUGGAACAGUACAAGAAUUAUGAAAAUAUUCCAACUUCUGGGGAAUCCAUAGACAAGGAAUGGAAGUCAAAGGAGAAAGGUGGAAACUACUAUGAGUUCUUCUACAAUUCAAGAUUGGUCAAGCCUACGAUUCUACAUUUUCAGCUAAGAAAUCUUGUGUGGGCUACGUCAAAACAUGAUGUUUAUCUAAUGUCCAACUACCAAGUGAUGCAUUGGUCAUCAUUAACUCGAAAUUUGUCAGAGGUGGUCAAUUUUGCUGGACAUGUAUCCCCUUCUGAGAAACACAAAGGAAGUUUGCUUGAAGGUUUCACCCAAACUCAGAUUAGUACACUAGCAGUCAAAGACAAACUCAUGGUUGCAGGGGGGUUCCAAGGAGAAUUAGUAUGCAAGCGUCUUGAUAAACAUGGUAUCAGUUUCUGUGCCCGUACAACAUACGAUGAUAAUGCCAUCACCAAUGCAGUUGAGAUUUUUAACAGUCUGAGUGGUUGUUAUCAUUUCUUGGCAUCAAAUAAUGAUUGUGGAAUACGGCUGUAUGAUAUGGAGAGAUUUCAACACCUGAACCACUUCCGUUUUCCUUGGCCAGUAAAUCAUACAUCCAUUAGCCCAGAUCGGAGGCUCAUUGCUGUUGUAGGUGAUCAUGUCGAUGGUUUGCUUGUUGAUUCACAAAGUGGAAAGGUUGUCUCCACAGUGGAAGGUCAUCGUGAUUAUUCCUUUGCUACAGCUUGGCAUCCAGACGGCCGUGUUUUUGCCACCGGCAAUCAAGACAAGACAUGCCGGGUUUGGGAUGUGAGGAAGCUUUCAGAAUCAGUAGCAGUUUUGAAAGGAAACUUGGGUGCAACCCGAUCCAUUCGAUUCUCAUCAGAUGGUAAUUUCAUGGUGGCUGCUGAACCAGCUGAUUUUGUCCAUGUAUACAGUACAAAAGCAAAUUACGAGAAGCGACAGGAGAUUGAUUUCUUCGGGGAGAUAUCCGGAGUAUCUUUGAGCCCUGAUGACGAGUGUUUAUACAUAGGAAUAUGGGACAGGACCUACGCGAGCUUAUUACAGUACAACAGAAAACACGCGUACCAAUACCUGGAUUCGUUCAUCUGAAUGACAGAAAAACUGCUCAAUAUUUAUCAGCAAGGGGUUUGAAGAUUGUGCUUAAAAGGUUUUCUCAAAGAAAAAGGUUACUCAUAGAAUAUAUCCUGUACCGAACAAGAGAGGAGAGAAUGGCUGCGCCCACUCGAAACCGAAAUUACAAAAUCGCCGCUCUCUCUUUGUUCAUGUAGAGAAAAGUGUUCUUGUUGUUAGUAGUCUUAACUCUUUGUGAAAGUAUGGAUCUUUUGUCAUGAAAUAGGUUACCAUUUAGAAUAAAAGCAGUUGGAGAUAAUGCUAGUAAACUAGUUGAGUGUACCUUGUAGAUGUGUACACUGUACAGUGAGGUAUGCUAUGAUAGUAUGAUAGGUUUUAAGUUUCUACAUUUUCCUUCUAUUUUUAUUUUUAUUCUUGUAAACCCCUUUUCCCUUCUUUUUUUUUUUGGAAAGAAAAAUAUGUUUGGGGUUUGGGCUGUUUUUCGAUAUCGAUUUCGCUUAAUGUAAAGUAUCAGUGUAGCAGUGUCUGGACUUGAGUCUGUGGAAGUGAACAUUACAUCUUUCAGAAAAAUCUGAACUCCCUCUUCAA